AUGUAUUAUUUUGAAACCCUAAUUUCUCUCAUAUUUUUUUUCAGCAUCUCGGCCCCUUACCACCACCAUUAUCUCUCCCCGCCGUCCACCAUCUCUGCCCAUCACCACCACCACUACCUCUCCCCCGCCGUCCACUGCUACCGCCGCCAGAUUGAUGAAAGCUGCCUCCAUUUACCAACGUCGCCUGCCCAAGGAUCUCGACUCCGUCAAGGCCUCUCAGACUACUGUUCGGACAAGAAGAGAGGAAGAAAGUCGGCAGGACCUCGGGGCCCGGACGCGCCGCCGACGAUGAACCUUGUGGAGGCGGAGAGGCAGAGGAGGGAGAAGCUGAACCACCGAUUCUACGCACUCAGAUAUGUGGUACCCAACGUUUCUCGGAUGGACAAGGCUUCACUUCUAUCUUGCGUCAACAAUAUAAUGAUUCAGGAUGUUGUCGUUACUCAAGACUGA